AUGCAUGAAUUUGAAGUAACCGAAGAGGUCCCAAAAACAGCCUCAAACCCACCUCAGGCUAACAUGCCUGUUGGUCCUGUAGCGGUCAAACCAACAGGUGGUUUAUGUUUGCUUGGUGCAUAUGCAGACAGCGAUGAAGAAGAUAGUGAGAUGACCGAGAAAGCAGCACAGUCUGCAGAUGCAAAUGGAAAUAAUUCAACAGACAUCGACAGUACUCUGGCUAAUUUUCUAGCGGAGAUAGAUGCAAUUACAGCUCCUUCCCAACCUCCUGAGGCCACUGUGCCAACUACAGCUCCACCACCAACUCCUCCACGGCCAGAACCCAAGGAGUCUGUCACCAGUCAGGUUUUGGUAACUGCAAAUGGAACGGACCAGGUAGCUGCGUGGCAAUAUGACACUCAGUGCUCAUUGGCAGGAGUGGGAGUCGAGAUGGGAGACUGGCAGGAAGUUUGGGAUGAAAACACAGGCUGCUAUUAUUACUGGAACACUCAAACAAAUGAAGUUACUUGGGAACUACCUCAGUAUCUUGCAACACAAGUCCAGGGUCUCCAGCAUUACCAACACAGUUCUGUAACAGAGGCUGAUGAAAACUACCAGGUGGCUGCAGAUGUCAGUUCUCAAGGGAAAGGUGGAGGUAGUACUAAUAGUACAGUUGCUGUUCCUGCUGCUGGCAGUACUGGACGUAGGACAGUUCUUUCAAAACGUGAGCUGAGGAAGGAGGUGAAUGAAGGCAUCCAGGCACUAUCAAGCAGUGAAGAAGAGAAAAAGGGAGUGGCUGCAUCUCUACUGGCUCCUUUACUUCCUGAGGUAGUAAAGGAGGAAGAGGAGCGCUGGAGGCGGAAAGUUAUAUGUAAAGAGGAGGUGGAGCCAUUGAUGGAAGAAGAUGUAACAGCAGAACAAACAACAACCAUUUCUGAUCAGCAACUGGAAGGCAUUCGUGAUAUUGGGGAAGACCCUUCUCAGGAAGACCUUUGUAGUGUGGUGCAAUCAGGAGAGAGUGCAGAGGAAGAAGAAGAGCAGGAUACUCUGGAACUGGAAAUGGUAUUGGAGAGGAAGAAGGCAGAAUUACGAGCUUUGGAAGAAGGUGAUGGGAGUGUUUCAGGCUCCAGUCCACUUUCUGAUGGAAGUCAGUCAGAUCUAGCACGGCGGUUGCUACCCAAGCAAGGGAAAUGGAAGCUGUUUGGAGUUGCUAGCCCAGAAUCUACAAGCCGAGGGUCUAGCAAGACAGGCCAAGAUAGUCCUGAACCUGGAGAAACUGGUGUGAAGGAAGAACCAGAAUUGGCUGAUGAGAACUUGGGCCAUGAACCAGACAUGGAAGAAUUUCAAGACAAAGUGAAAGCACAAGGGAUUUUCAAGGCAGAAGAUGAAGAGCAGGACUUAAAGUUUCAGAUUGGAGAGCUGGCCAAUAUGUUGAUAAGCAAGCUGGAGUUCUUGGGCAUCAGUAGACAGUCGAUCUCUAACUUCCACAUGCUACUGUUGCAGACUGAGACUCGUAUUGCAGAUUGGCGGGAAGGUGCUCUCCAAGGAAACUACCUCAAACGCAAAUUACAAGAUGCAGCUGAACAGCUAAAACAGUAUGAAAUAAACGCCGCCCCUAAAGGCUGGUCCUGCCACUGGGACAGGGAUCAUAGGCGCUAUUUCUAUGUUAACGAGCAAUCAGGCGAAUCCCAGUGGGAGUUCCCAGACGGGGAGGAGGAGGAGGAAGGACAAAUCCUAGAGAAUAAAGCAGAAGCUCUUCCUAAACAAGCAUUGAAGGAGAAAACAGAGUCUGGUGAGGAAUCUACUGAUAAUGCUGCAGGUACUGUUUGUAAAGAAUCUCUUUCUAGUCAAGCUGGAGCUACUUCUCUUGUGCCUCUCAGUCCAUUUUGGACUGUUCUUCAGCCCUCUGUCCCUGUACUGCAACCCCCUUUACCCUUAGAAAUGCCCCCACCCCCGCCACCUCCACCAUCCUUGCAGUUUUCUUGGCAAGAUGAGGGAGAUGAAGAGCCCCCAGCACCAGGAACAGAGGAAGAUGCUGUUCUGAAACCUCUCCUUCGACCAGCUGUUGCCAAUAGCCAGAUCAACUCUGAGACCAGCUUAUCCACAACUCUUUCAGCUAAACCUUUAAAAAGAAAAGCUUCUGAAAUGAAUGCUGGACUGGUGCAGCGAGCAGCAACUAUUGGAAGCUGUCCGGUGCUUUAUGGCCAGUCAGUAAUAGGUGGAAGCCCACAGACCCAUGGGGUGAGUUUACAAUCAAGUUACCUUGGAGUACCACAGCCAGUGCUCAUAGGCUAUCCAGACUGUAGUGCCUCGGGGGGACUUCCUGCCAGCACCACACAGCCAGUUCCUUCACAAGGAGCUCCACCUGCUACUGCAGAACAUCUGCCGCCACCUCCUCCUCCUCCUCCUCUGUCACCACCUCCACAUGUUCCCAAGUCAUUACCUCUGGAGAAAUCAAAAAAGCUUAGAAGAGGUAGUAAGAGGAAAAAAAACAAGACAAAGAUGCCAUCUCUAGUAAAGAAGUGGCAGAGCAUUCAACGGGAAUUGGAUGAAGAGGAAAAUUCCAGCUCUAGUGACGAAGAUCGGGAAGUGAUGUCACAGAAGCGAAUAGAGGAAUGGAAGCAGCAGCAGUUAAUCAGUGGUAUGGCAGAAAGAAAUGCAAAUUUUGAGGCUUUGCCUGAAGACUGGAGAGCUCGACUCAAAAGGCGGAAAGCCACUUCAAACACAUGAGCUUUUUUUAACCAUAUAUGUACAGUUCAAAACCUUUUACUGUUGGAUCUGUUGUAACUUUGAGGAUACUUAUUUCAGUUCAAUUACCUGAGAGAGAGAAUUUUGUUGGACUUGGGAAUCUUUUGGAGAGAUACUUUGGCAAGUAGGCCUGUGAAAUGAUGGUUAGGCUUGACCACUUCCGUAUUAAGCAGCAUCUAAUCCCAUUUCAGACAGCUGUCAUACCAUUCUGUCCAGUUCCCUGGUGGAGCUGAUACCAAUAAUUGAUUGAUGCACUUUGGCUGGUUCCAUUUCCUACUCCACAUUUCCACUCUUGCUUUCUCAAAUACUGUUACGUGUCCAGGUGUAAUUUGCCACUUGCAUCAUUUGAAAGAUGGAUGGUCUUCUCAUAUCAAACAUAGCAUCUCAGGAUUUGAAUCCCUUGUUUCAUUCCUGAUUUUUGCCAACACUUUGGGUUUGACAGAAUUAUUCCUUUCUUCCCCCUGGGCAUUUUCAUUAAUUGUAUUAAAAAUAACCGUCCCUUCCUGUUUUUGCUGCUGUAACAUCCUACUAGUUUCACUGGUGGGGCUAAAACAAGAUGGAAAAUAUAUUGUAUGUAACUGCCAUAUUGAGCACUCUUUGAAUGUGCUCCCAUGUUUUUACUGGUGGGUAUUCAGAAGGAAGGAGCCAAGUGACUUAUUUGUAGCAGAAGCUUCUGGCUUGCUACUCUGAAUAUUGCUGGCUAAGCAACAGCUGAGUGGCCUGCAUAGUUGCAGUGCAGCACCCUCUCGUAAAGAUAGGGUAGCACGCCUCCAUUUGCGUGUUACUCUGCACUUACACCGUAUCUCACUGGCUGCUACUUGAUAGAUGUAUGCUAGAGGAGUGGGAAAAUUUAAUUUCUCAGUACUUAAUUCUUAAGCCCAUGUCACUGAAUUCCAGCAAAGGUUCUGUGUUUAAAGCCAGGCUGAAUAUUUAUUCAACCUAUGAAUGUCUGAGUUAAUUCUCCCUUGUUUGCUUUUUAAAUAUCUAAAUCAAGUGAUAAUGAUUUUCUGUAAAAUGAAAGAAAAGACACUUUAUGGUUGAAUGCCGUUUGUAUUUCUCCAGUUUCUGGCUUUGUAAAUUUGUACAUACACAUUAAUAAAAUCCUUUUUUAUACCUCA